CCUUCUUCUCCCAGCACUUUGUUUUUAAUCCCAAUGUUUCUCACAGAUAUCAUUAAUACUCCGUAUAAAACUACGCGCAUCAAACAUUCCCUCAAUCUUCAUACAUUUACUCGAAUCUCCCCUCGCUAUCAACGCUUCCAUUGAUCUCUCCCCCUUUUACGAAGCAGAGCACUUCCCGUUAAACUUGAUUUUGACCGGAUUGUUUCGUACGUGUCUCUGGACAUGGCGUAAUCUCACUUGUUUAUCAAUCACGUUGGUAUUGCAUAGCACGCGAUCUCAGAAUGUUGACUUGCAUAGCUCGAUCAAGGCAGCCUCGCAGCGAAUCUCUGGCUAGAGCCGAAGAAGAUGAUGUCGGCGUCGCUAGUACUCUCGGAACCAGACAAGCCAUCAAAUCGCUCACUUCCCAGAUAAAGGAGAUGGUGCUCAAAGCUUCUGGUGCGUAUAAGCAUUGCAAGCCGGGUUCCGGUAGGCCGAACAAUAAUCAUAACAGAAAUUGGCCCGAUUCGGAAUCCGAGUCGGUCCUGGAGAGGUCUCGUUGUGGAUAUAGAAGGGCGGAGAAUUCGGAUUCAACCCCAAUCUUAAGGGGAAACGGACUUCAUGGAGUAUUUUCGAGCGAUAGAGGAACGCCGGAAUCGGCGAGUGGUCGAAGUGACUCACCCGUGGGGUUCAUGGAAGAAGACGACUCUGUGGAGUGGGUGGCACAGGUUGAACCUGGAGUACUCAUCACCUUUGUUUCUUUGCCUAAUCGAGGUGGUAAUGACCUGAAGCGAAUUCGAUUCAGUUGCGAAAUGUUUAACAAGUGCCAAGCCCAACAAUGGUGGACCAACAACUAUGACAAGGUCAUGGAAUUGUACAAUGUCCAGAGGCUUAUUCACCAGGCUGCCCCUUUACCAAUUCCACCAUGGUCUCCGGACGAGAUCUCAAAAGUAGAAUCCAGUGAGGACGGCCUCGUGAUCCCUCCUAUAAGCAAGGAACUUUUCCUCGGUCACUCUCAUAGCCCGAGGGCAGUCGGGGAUUACGCUGCCUCCUCUUCAUCAAAAGAUUUUUCCAGGGAGAUUGGUCAGUCCGAUGAGCCGUCGGUCAGCAAUGCAAGUGAAAUGGAGACGGAAUGGGUUGAGGAAGACGAGCCAGGAGUGUAUAUUACAAUCCGAGCCUUGCCUGGUGGCCCUCGAGAGCUUAAAAGAAUUCGAUUCAGCCGAGAAAGGUUCGGAGAAAUAGAGGCGAGGUUGUGGUUGGAAGAAAACAGAUCCCGGAUCCAACGGCGAUAUUUGUGAUUGUGUACGUACAACAUGUCGCCUGCCACUCAAGCCACGUCCCAGUUCGUCUUUAUUCUCAUGCCACCAAAAGGUCCAAAACGAUGGAUCUCGGCGGUUCACAUUUCAUUCGUCUGCUGGCUUUCAAAGUAAUAUCUUCAAAAUAUAAUGAUAAUCUUGUAAAUAUAUAUAUGGACUAGACGAAGUACCCGUGCGAUGCAAGGUAUAUAUAUACUCCGUAUAUAUCUAGAAUAUGAUACGCAAGGCCGGUCCAGGGCAAGGCUGCCCAGUCCAACCGCACAGGGCCCGGAAUUUAGAGAAGCUCAGACAAAAUUUAGUAUUAGAUCCAGCCCAGCCCAACUUUACGUUUAACCAAUUACUGCGCCCAAAAUCCCUGGCCAAACUCCCUAUAGAGAUAAAGAUAAAGAUUACAUUUUUGUGCGAGAAUUUUCCUUCCAAUAAUUGUAGCAAUUUUUCUAUUUCAUACGUAGUAUUAUAUAAAGAUAUUCAGCAUUGGUUACACAUUAAAAUUAAUAAAAAAUUAUGAAUUUUGAUAUACUUUCUGUAACAAUCGAAGUACAAAUAAAAAAUUUAUAGCACUUCAAAAAAGAUGUUUUUAAAGUGUUGUUUUUGUUUAUUUUUAGAUAUUCAAUAUUGGUGUCAUAUGAAAGAUAAUAAAAAACUAUGAAUUUUGAUAUGUUUUUUGUAACAAUCUGAGUACAAAUAAAAAAGUUACAACACUUUAAAAAUAUAGGAUUUUAUUUUUCUUCUUUUUUAUCUUUUUUAUUCUAUGUGACGUACUUAAUUUGUUUGGAAUGGAAUUGUAACAUACUGACUACAUUAUUAGAAACUUGCCAUUGUCAUUAGUAUUUAAUUUUUGCAUUAAUUCACCAUUAUGUCUUCAUUUUAGGUGAGAUUUUCCCCUCCAAUUGUGGUGCAGAAACUGUUACUUUAUAUUAUAUAAAGAUAUGGAUAAUGGAUACCUUUUGGAUAUAUUAGAAAUGUAGUAUGCUCUAAAUUAAUUGGAGGUGCAUUUAGUCGGAUUUGUUCGCAAAUUAUAUCCUGCAACUGGCGCACCAUGAGGAUGGUGCGCCUGGUUGCAAAAUGACGUAACAAUGAGAACGGUUGGCCUGAUUUCAUUAUUUUUUUUUGCUUUUGUUGUUAAAUAGUGGUAAUAACUUUUGUAUUUUUGAUCCGAUUUUUAUAAAAUUUAUAUCAACAUUUUUUAUUUUUCACGAUCUUUCAAAUGAAACCAAUAUUGCUUAUGUAAUUUUAACAAAUUAUUGAACUAUUAUAUAAAUGAUUAUUAGAUUAUAAGGAAAACCGAACUAAAUUUAAUACAAAAAAAUAAUUGUGUAAAUCACAAUUUAUCUUAAAAUUGUGUAUAUAAAAAAUCAUUGAGUUACAUGUGAGUUACAUAUUUUUAUAUGUGAAGUUACAUAUUUUUACACGUAAGUUACAUAUUUCUACACGUGAGUUAUAUAUAUAUAUAUAUAUAUAUAUAUAUAUAUAUAUAUAUAUAUAUACACACACACGAGUUGCAUUUGACCUGCCUGAACGCGAGUUACAUAUAUUUACACGUAAAGUUACAUAUUUUUACACGUAAAGUUACAUAUUUAUACACGCGAGUUACAUAUUUAUACACAUGAGUUGCAUUUGACCUGUCUGAAAGUAAGUUACAUAUUUUUUUACGUAAAGUUAUAUAUUUUUACACGUAGAGUUACAUAUUUAUACACACGAGUUGCAUUUGGCCCGACUGAACGUGAGUUAUAUAUUUUGAACACGUAAAGUUACAUAUUUUUACACGCAAAUAAUAAUAUGUUCAAAUUACAUUGGCAAUAUUGGUCUCAUUUGAAAGAUCAUGAAAAAUAAAAAAUUUUGAUAUAAAUUUUAUAAAAAUCGGAUCAAAAAUAAAAAAAAUUAUUAACAAUUUUAAAAAAAGGAGAUAUAAAAAAUAACAAAAGGUGCAUGGUGCUCACCCUUGUUAACUACUGGGAUGUUGAGUAAAAAAGGUUAUAGUAUUCACAACAAAAGGGAGAUAAGCAAGACCGUCUAAUGAGUACAUAAAGCCAUGUUACAGUAAUAAUAAUCUUACAAAACUUUUUUUGGGGAAGUUUUUUUGUUUUUUGUUUUUUACAAAACUUAACAAACGGUAAAUGUGCUUAUGCAAAAAUAUAUACUCCGAAUAGGACUAAAACAAUGACAAAAACUCAAAAAAGGAUUUGCUAUGUUUUUAUUCCAAAAUAGGAUCAUAUGAGUCCUAUUUGAAAACAUACCUAUUUUUACUUUCCAUUCUUACCAUUUCAUUAAAUAUGAGUUGAAAAUAGUCAAAAGCCAUAAUUAAAUGUUUAAUUCAUAAUAAAUUCUAAAAAAAAUCAAAAAUUCGUAGAAAAAUAAUUAAAAAAUUUACAAAAUAUUUAUAAAAUAAAAAAUUCAAAAUAAUAAUAAUAAUAAUUUCCUAUAAAAGGGUCAAAUAGGUCCUUGUACCCUUUCGGAUUGCUCAAUUUGCUCCCUCAACCCAAAAAAGCUCCAAUUGGCACCCUGAACUCGAUAAAAAUAUUCAAAUUUCACUUUUUGCAGGUUUCAAUCCGAUCACCGCCACGUCACCCGGUAGGUGCCAACUUAGGGGGUCAAAUAAGCCCCUGAACCCGAUUGAAUCGCUCAAUUUACCCCCUCAACCCUAAAAAAUGUCAAAAAAAAAUUAAGGGUUGAGGGGGUAAAUUGAGCAUUUCAGUCGGGUUCAGGGGCGUGUUUGACCCCCCUAAGUUGCCAUGUCACAUGCACAGUUGGCACCCUACCAGGUGAUGUGGCGCUGACCGGCUUGUGACCUGCAAAAAGUAAAAUUUGAAUCUUUUUAGGGAGUUCAAGGUGCCAAUUGGAGCUUUUUUGAGUUCAGGGGGCAAAUGGAACAAUCUGGAAAGGUACAGGGGCCUAUUUGAACCUUUAACCUAAUAAUUUUUUUUAAAAAAAUAGUAAAACUCCAUAAAAAAAAUUUAAAAAAAUAUGGAUGCCUUUCCCACCGCCUGUACUACCUCCCUGCACCACCACCUCCGGUCAGUGAAAAAAAUGUCAUUUUCCCUAAAAACUGUCAUUUUUUCUGAAAAUGCCAAAAAGUGGCAUAUUUGUCUUUGCGAAUGCCAACAUUUUCAUUAUUUUCUGCCAUAAAUAUGGCAUUCGUAAUGAACUUGACAUUUCCCCCCCGGUGACUGGAGGUGGUGGUGCAGAGGCGGCGAUGAAUUUUAUUUUAUUUUUUUUGAGUUUUUUAUUUUUUUUAUUUUAUGUUUUGAAAAAAAAAUUAAUUAUUAUUAUCGAAAUAUUUUUAUUAGUUUGUUAGUAUUUUUUACGAAUUUUAUUAUUUUUUAUUAUUUUAUUAUGAAUUAAAACAUUUCAAUAGCUAGAAAGGUAUAUUUGUCCAUGACACACAUAAUAAGUCCUAUGAAAACAUAGUUUAGUUUUUUAUCCUAUUUUUAUCCUAGUUUACGAAAUAAUGACGGAAGUAUAACCUGCCAACUUUCAAUUGACAAAACUAGUACCUCUUUUUGUUUUGGACAAAUAUAUGAUUAAAGGUAGGUUGAAAUCUCUCAAAUACCCCUAUCCCUAAACAUAACAGAGAGGACUACGAAGUAUCUUAUUCUGGCACUGCAAUCCCUUCUAUCGGUCUUCUCUCUCACAGUCUCCAUGACAUGGCGGCACUCCAAUUAAAUUGAAGAGCUUCGUCGCGCAAUCUCCAUCACCGUUCGUUUCUUCUUCAUCAACGGGGUCCGUAGGUCUCUCCUUCGAAGAACCGGUCAUCGCCGCCAACCGAAACAUAUCCGCCGCCAUCACCGCGUGCCUCGUCGGACCUGGCCAUAGCCCUACACCACUCGAUCGUUUUCUUUUCUUUCCGAUGGUGGAGAAAAACGUUGGCAAACGCGAGAGCACGGGUUGGACAUAGGGGCUUGGGAAGGCGCAGGGGACAGUGGUCGGAGUGGGGC